ACGACAUGAGAAUUCGACUAGCUGGUUAUCAACUAUAUUUGUCCAACACCACUGACUGGUCACUAGGUGUCCUUUGCUACGAAGAUACAAGUAGUGAUAUUUCUGCAGUGAAGUUGAUAAUAACAAAUCAAUGCCCAUAUGUAGCCCAGUAUGUGACCAUCUAUAACUCCCGAAGUAAUCCAAAGAGACAUGAAUGGUACGAUAAUUUGGCUUACCUGGAGCUUUGUGAAGUACAAGUAUUCGGCUGUGCGAGAGAGAAAUACGGAUAUGGCGACUGUAAUCAAUCCUGUUCCGAUAACUGUUACGGUGGCAACUGUGACGCUUCAAGUGGUUCCUGCUUUUAUUGUCGUCAAGGGAAAUGGGGCGAUACAUGCGAUCAUGACUGUUCUGCUGACUGUGGCAAUGGCUGUAUUUCAAAGAAUGGAUCAUGUACAGAGUGUAUACCAGGGAAGUAUGGCGACGUCUGCGACCGAGAUUGUCCUAUCAACUGUGAGGGGGUCUGCCAUAAGAACUCUGGUUUCUGUAGAGAUUGCGUCUUUGGAAAGUGGGGAGAUACCUGCACUCAGGAUUGUUCUGGGAUCUGCCAAGAUUGUUAUCAGAGUGGAUCUUGCAAAGACUGCAGUCGCGGUAGAUAUGGACAAUCGUGUGAACUGUUUUGUCCUACUGACUGUACUAGCAACGGGUGUGAGAGAGAAACCGGAUCGUGUUUCGAUUGUGAACCUGGAAAACACGGUGUGAAAUGUGACUUGGAUUGCUCGACAACAUGUAAAGACCUCCUCUGUGAGAAAGACACAGGGUUCUGUUCAGAGUGUACAGACGGAAUGCAUGGAUACCAGUGCAACAAGACGUGUCCUGAUGGAUGUGGCUCAAACAAAUGUAGACGCUAUGACGGGGCUUGUGAAAGCAGGACUUGUGAAGAAACAGACGAAAACAAUAACAUUACAGCUAUAGCUGCCCUUACAACUGUUGCCACAGUCUGUCUGGUGGCAGCCGUCAUCUCCGUCGUCUGCAUGUUACGAAUGAGAACCGCAACUAAAACGGAACGAAGAAAAGAAGAAAACCAGUACACGGACAUUGACAAGACCCGAAGACAUAUUCCUAAUACCUACGAAAUGUCAUAAAUGAUACAUCAACUGCGAUAGGCGGUCCUCUUAAGACACUCACCAGCUAUACCAACAGAUAAAUUUCCAAUCUGAAAUGCCUUAAUCAGAUGAUAUUCCCCAGUUUGUGCUUUGGUGAUACAGUAAAAUCCUGCUUACUCAAUC